UUCUGGAAGUCUUGAUUUUUUUUGUUCUUCUUCAACAAACAUGGCCGCUAAAUCUGAUGGAGCAGCCGUGUCUGUGCAGAAUGUGAACCCGUCCAGGAGCCAGCCGAGCCCGGAGCAUCACCAGCCCCAAUACCGUCAUGCCGGGAAGCGAUACUCCCUCCUGGAUUGCUGCUGGGUUCUCUGUGCUAUGUUGGUUUUCUUCUCGGACGGAGCCACCGACCUGUGGCUGGCGGUGGACUACUACCUCAAGCGGGAUUACUGGUGGUUCGGGCUAACGCUAGUGUUCGUGGUAGUUCCCUCUGUGGUGGUGCAGGUGUUAAGUUUCAGGUGGUUUGUCUAUGAUUACUCGGAUAGCAACAGCAGCAGCGGAGCGGCGGCGGCGGCGGCUGCUGCAGCGGCCGGAGGGGAUUUCAAUUUCAGCACCAAGGACAGCGGCAAGCGGGGCGCUGGCAGCACCGCCGGGGCGAGGGCAAUGCCUACUACGGCAGCAAGCAGCAGCAGGAGCGGCCCGCAGACCUGCUGCAGGGUCUGCGUGUGGCUUUUUCAGUCCAUCAUACACAUCCUCCAGCUCGGACAGGUCUGGCGGUAUCUGCGCGCCCUCUACCUGGGAGUCCAGAGCCGCUGGCGCAGCGAGCAUGAACGCUGUCACUUCCACUGGCGGAUGAUGUUCGAGAGCGCGGACAUCAACAUGCUGCGUCUGCUGGAGACCUUCCUCAAGAGCGCCCCCCAGCUGGUCCUGCAGCUCAGCGUCAUGAUCCAGAGGAACCAGGUGGAGCCGCUGCAGGGUCUGUCUGCCUCUGCGUCUCUGGUCGCCCUGGCUUGGGUGAUCGCCUCCUAUCAGAAGGUACUCCGUGACUCCCGCGAUGAUAAGAUGUCCUUGUCAUAUAAGGCAGUCAUCAUCCAGAUCCUGUGGCACCUCUUCACCAUCGGUGCUCGAACCAUCGCCUUUGCCCUCUUUGUCUCUGUGUUCCAGCUCUACUUCGGGAUCUUCAUCGUAACCCACUGGUGCAUCAUGACCUUCUGGAUCAUCCAGGGUGAGACGAACUUCUGCAUGUCCAAGUGGGAGGAGAUCAUCUACAACAUGGUAGUGGGCAUCAUCUACAUCUUCUGCUGGUUCAAUGUCAAGGAGGGGCGGACUCGCUAUCGAAUGUGCAUCUACUAUUUCAUUACCCUUACCGAAAAUGCUGCCUUGACGGUGCUUUGGUAUUUGUACCGGGAUCCGCAGACCACAGACUUCUACGCCUUAAUCAUAGUUUGUGUGGUGGUCUGCAGCUUCGCUCUUGGAAUGUUCUUCAUGUUCAUUUACUAUUGCCUGCUGCACCCAAAUGGACCCUUGUUUGGGUCCCAGUGGGGCUGUGUGGAGGACGAGGGGCCAGAACCUACUGCCGUUCCCCCAGAUGUUGUAACAAGUCCCCCUAGAUCUCUACAGAGGACUAUGGGUGCGGAAAGGGAACAGGUACCAGGGGACCGGGACAGCUGCAUGCCUGUUUUUCAGGUGAGGCCAAGCGUCCCACAAACCCCAGUUGCUCGCACUCCACGGACAGAAGGGCCUGUCAUUAGGAUAGACUUGCCCAGGAAGAUGUAUCCAGCUUGGGAUGCUCAUUUCAUUGACCGGAGGCUGCGUAAGACUAUCUUAGUACUGGAGCACACCUCUCCUGUCACCCCCCGGCUACAGUACCGAAGCCUCAGUGCUCCCAAGGAAGUAAUGGAGUAUGAAACCACAGUGUAGACACGCUCAAAUUCUAAGGCUGAUGUGAGGUAACCUGUCUCUUUGAAAGGCUUUGUGCAGUCAACAUUGAGAUAGGGUAGGGGGUGGUCACGGAACUCCUGACCUUGCAGCUUAACUUCAGAACUAGCGAUUGCCGAGCACAGCUGCGUUUGAAAACCAGAGCUUGUGCAGAAGGGGGCAGCUCAAACUUUACUGCUGUGACUGCAUUAGUCAGAUUUCCAUUGGCUCUUUGUGACUACAGCUGUCCCGAAGAAAUACAUAAAUGAAUAAAUAACUCAUUUUAAAUUGCAUUUGACUGUAUCUGAUUCGGGUCAUGCACAUUCUGAUCAGUUGUCGCACUGAAAUACAUUACCUGUGAACAUGUUAAUGAAAAAGCAAAAGGUUGUAUGUUGGUUUGCGUCAAUAUGGUAAAGGAUCUCUCAUAGGUUAGCAAAUUGUUUUAGCAACCUUGUCUCAAG